UUAGUAAAACCCAUCAUCGUUGCUUAUAAUUUCUCCACCUACCUUGUAAAAAUCUACUAAAUCAGGGCCCCAUUUUCAACCCCAUCUAUGUUAUUUUGCAUUUGAAUCCCUCCCUUGCUUUAUUUGAAUUCGUCCUACUUUUAGAAAUCAACUUGUUUCUUUUUUUUUUUUCCUUCAACUUUUUCUGGGUAUGAUUCUAUGGCUGAGAGGAAGUAGAAAAACAAAAGUGAAAGUUUUGAUUCUUACCCAUUUAGGGUCUCUUUGUAAUUCUGUAACUAGAUUUGGCCUUUUUGUUCUUUAAUUGUUUGUGGCUGUGGAUUAUGGUGCUGAAAGUUGUGUUGGGUUGGUAAUAAUUCCGCUUGGCAUUUUCGUGUGUGUUUAGUGUAUUGCUUUAACUAUCACUAUAAUUGAUAUUUGAAAAGUAAGAAGGGAGGACUUUGAGGGUUUUGUCAUCAAUCAAGGGGUUGAAAAAACCAGGAGCUGUUCUCUAUCAUUUCUGGCUGUUCUUCAUUGAAAGAGUUGUUAGUGUAGUUUUACUUGGCUCUUCUUUUAAUUAGAAAAUUGUAAAAGCACAUGGGUUUCAUUUUUUCUUUUCGUUUUGAUACCUAGAAUCUAUGCUCUGAAGGGAUGCUUUUUCAUCUCAACUUUGCAUCUUUUUCUCUUUCUACUUAUUCCAAAUCUUACCUCGCAAUGAAAUGUAAGCUGCUUGUAAAAUGGUUUUACUAUUUGAGCAGUAGAAGAAGGCAGAGCAUAAGGAGGUUGGCUUCACCUGAAUCUAGCUUUUGAGCUAUGGAGAAAAUUGCUUUUGAAAUCUUCACAUGUUUUUUCUGAGCUCCAUCAUUAUUAUUAUAGAUCAUACAAGACCUUCAUAGAUUUUCCUGUUCUCUCUUGUGGGAAAAUUUGGAGAAUAAACACAAGGCUAGAUGACAGUGGAUAAAGAGAGCAAGAGCUCGAUUUGGAGUCGAGAACAAGACAAGGCAUUUGAGAAUGCUCUAGCCACUUAUCCAGAGGAUGCUUCAGAUCGUUGGGAGAAAAUUGCGGUUGACGUACCUGGAAAAACUUUAGAAGAGGUCAAAGAUCAUUACGAGCUGUUGGUUGAUGAUGUUAACCAAAUUGAAUCUGGAUUCAUUCCUCUGCCCUCCUAUAGUUUUUCUUCGGAUGGGUCUCCAAGUCAUGCUAGUGAAGAGGGAAGUGGAAACAAGGGAGACUACCAUGGGCUGGACAAUAGUGAAUCUCGUUUCGGAAGUAAAGCUCCAAGAUCAGAUCAAGAGCGUAGAAAGGGGACUGCAUGGACAGAGGAUGAGCACAGGCUAUUUCUUCUUGGUUUGGAUAAAUAUGGAAAAGGAGAUUGGCGAAGUAUCUCCCGGAACUUUGUGGUGUCGAGAACACCCACUCAAGUGGCAAGCCAUGCACAAAAGUAUUUCAUUCGUCUAAACUCGAUGAACAAAGACAGAAGACGGUCAAGCAUCCACGAUAUUACCAGCGUUGAUAAUGGAGAUGUAUCUGCACCACAAGGUCCAAUUACUGGUGAAGCAAAUAGUUAUGGAGGAGGAGGAGGAGGAUCUACCAACAAAUCAACCAAACAGCCUCCUCAACCACCUAUUGGAUCGUUUGGUGUCGGGAUAUACGGUGCUCCAACUGUAGGGCAGCCAGUAGGAGGGCCCUUUGUUUCAGCAGUUGGCACUCCGAUUGCGGUUAAUACUCCUCCCCCAGCACAUAUGGCAUAUUCAGUUAGCUCACUGGCCACUAGACCACCAGUAAACAUGAGCCCCAUAACAUAUUAAAUCUCUCAAGCAUUUGGUGUUAGGUAAUGUUUUUUGUUUUGGCAUAACUUGUCUGAAGAGUGGUCUUAUGCUAUUGUUUUGGUCUCAUAGAACAUUUGCUGAAUAAUAUAACAACUUAUAUUAUGAUGCUGCUUUGUUCAAUUGGAUGCUUUAAUUCUUUAAUUGAGCUCAUAAGGAUUACAAAAUUUGUGAAGGAAAUGGGAAAGAAAGCAUUGACUUUCCCUUCUGUCUGUUUGUAUUUACUUGUUAUGAUGAAGUUCAGUUGUUACUAAGAAAAGCACCUUCAGGAAUGAUGUAGGGGAUUCUUAAAUCUUUUUAGUUCAAUGUUAUGUUCUUCUCCAACAUAUUGGAUUA